AUGAAUACAGUCCAAAGGGGAACUUGUUUUGUAUUUUAAUGAUUUUAAAGAUUUAAUAUUUUAAUUAAUAUAGAUAAUAGAUUUAAUUCAUAGACUCAAUUUUGAAUCGAAUUUUAAAGAAUAUUGAAUGUUAUGUAAAGUUCCAUUUGGAUUAAAUACUAAAGUGUAACAAUAGCUAGUAACUUGUGAUAUAUCUGAAAAUUUCUACUGUCAAUUACUGUUUGCAGGUUUACAGUUAGCUUUUUUGCAUUUAGAAUCAAAAAGCAGUUUGAUGACGUUAAAUAAAAAGAAUUUCGACUGAAUUGUAAGGCCUAGAAGUUUAGCACAAAACGUUUGGGAAUAAAUACUGUUUGGGAAAAUUCAUAAACGUCAAUAAAAAAUGCAGAGAGCAAUGAUAAUGUGCAAUGAAGUUCCGACCGAAGUUUUGACACUGGGUCGAUGGGUUGAGGAGGGCUUGGCACCGGAUGGAAAAAAAGAUGUAAUUGUCAUUAUUCCGGGUAAUCCUGGUAUUCCAACUUUUUACGAGGAAUUUUUAAAAACUCUCAAAUCAAAAUUACCACCGGAAACACCGGUUUGGAUUUUGGGUUAUGCAGGUUUCGUGCAACCUGCCAGUGAUCUUUUCACAAUGCCCAACAAUAAACGACUUUAUGAUUUAAGGGGGCAAUUGGAUCACAAGGCGGAAUUUCUAAAAAAAUAUGUUCCAAAAGAUGCGAGACUUCAUCUUGUAGGGCAUUCAAUUGGCAGUUGGUUCAUUUUGAAUCUACUGAGAGAUGAGGAAAUAGUAAAUCGAGUGAUAAAAUGCUAUUUAUUAUUUCCAACCAUAGAACACAUGGCCGACAGUCCAAAUGGUCGAUUUCUCAUCAACGUGGUUCUGAGAGUAGCAGCAUUUAUAGUUUUCCUGGCGUGGAUUUUCUCCCUUUUCCCAUCGUUUUUAAGGAACUUUUUGGUUACAAUUUUCGGCCUAUUUUACGGAUAUCCGAGAAAAAGUACACCGGCAAUUCUACAACUAUUGGAACCGCAAGUUUUGAGAAAAGUGUUUGCCCUGGCCAGGCAGGAAAUGUCAGUCGUCAAAGAAUUGGAUAACGAAAUGGUUACACAAAAUAAAAAGAAACUUUGGUUCUAUUAUGGAGCAAAAGAUGGUUGGGUGCCUGUUAGUUAUUAUCAAAAUAUGAGAGUUAAGUUUCCCGACGUUGAUAUUCAACUUUGUAAGCGAAAUCUUUAUCAUUCGUUUGUAUUAAAGCAUUCCAUUGAGAUGGGACAAAUUUUAGGAAAUGUAAUUAACGAAAAUAUUUCCUAAUUACGAGAAGGAAAAAAAUUGUGAUACAUCGAAAUAUUUAAUAGUUUAAAAUCUACAAUUUUUUUAAUAGAUUUUUUUUUAAAUCGCUUUUUUACUAGAACUAACGAAUUUAAGCAGAAAGUUUGAUGCAUUUCCAUUUUUUCUAUUUUCGUUACUUUCGUUUCCUACUUUUCUAUAAUAUUUAAUA